AGGGAAGUGAAGAAAGCCAUCUCUGAACAGGAAAUCAAUAACUGUGUCGUCAAUGGAGUCGAUGAGAUCGAGGCGGGAGAUGUCAGGGACGAGUUGGACGACUCGUACAACAGGAUGUGGUCAAUGCGUGGCUUUCGUCAGGCCUACCACUUCUGGAAGGAGAAUAAGAGGGCGUCCUCUCCAGCCCUCCACUCAUUCAUUACGUACGUAACGCUUCCGUGGCAUCACAUCAUCGCUGAUCUCUUCUCCAAUAGACAGCAAUCUAUACUUACAUUCGAGUUGUAAUCCAUGACUUCAUCAAUGAUUUGUAUUUCCAUUGCAUUCCACACAACAUUUCAUUCAUAUUUGAUAUAUUAUUAAAUAUAUAUUAUUAUAAAUUAUAUACUAUAUUAUAUUAUAUAUAUUUUUCUUCUCCGCGUAUAUUUUAAGAGACAAUUUCCAGUAAAAUAUGAUAAAUAUAUUUCAUAUUCACUUUUCAAAUACAUACCC